AUGGAGCUGAAUGAGGUCACUCACUGGAGUCACCUGCUCGAAGUGGGACGCGUCAAGGCAUUGGUCCGCGCGGCUCGCGAACAGAAAGGCAUUGACCAGAAGCGGUCCGUGCCCGAGGCGGGGGGCUCUCCCGCCGCCAAGAAUGUGGCGAUCGAGCCGGCCAUGCACUCAUCAGGCGGGGGCGGCGGCGCGGUCGGCGGGUCGCGCGUGCGUCGCCGGUCGUUCUCGUCGCAGGCGCCCCUCCGUGACCUGCCAGCGACGUCCUGGCCAUCGUCUGCCGCGGUCGACGCGCUGGAAGCCCGGGCAGCAAAGCUGCGGCGCGAGGGCGUGCCCCAUCCGCGCGCGUCGCCGGACCUCAAGACGCGGGGCGAGGGCUGGCUGCGCGCGGCCGCGGCCGCGUACGACGCGGCGGAGUGCAAGCCCGCGAAGGCAGCGAUGCCCCGCCAGGGGCCUCCGACGGGGAACGGCCGCGGUGGCCGGGGUGGCCAGGCGAGCGACCGCCGGGCCGACUGGCGAGUCGGGGUCGCGGGGAUGCGCUGGCCGAGCGCGAUCGCGCCGCGCGCUGGGCAUCGGGCCGGAGGCGCCAGCUGCCCGUCGAGCGAGCGUUGCAGCGCGCGACGCGAGUGCCGGGGGGGGCGAUGUGAGCCCCCAGACCGCGGCGACAGCGUGCAUGGGGAGGCGCGGGAUAUUUUCGCGCCCAUUUGGAAUGAGGCGUCCUUGGCGGGCGCGACCGAGGCUGUGCCGAAGCUCGAGUUCACGCGCCGCGCGUUGGGAUCUGCCCACGCGCAGCCGGCGUCUCCUGUCGCCGGUCACGAAAUUCGCGAUAUCUUCGCGCGGUCCGCGGCGCCCAGCCCCUGCGGUGUUGCGCGCGCGAGGGAAGGGUGGAUCUACGAGAUCGAACGCCUUGGCCGCUCUUUUGAAGACAGCGGCGACGCGGCAGCGGAGCGGCGCAGCCAGGCGCCACAGCAAUUCGAACCAAUAGUUCGCGAAGUCAACAUUCCGCUGCUCCGUGCGCUCGUGGCGCGGUCGAAGUACGGAGAUACAGUCAGGCCCGUCGACGACGGCAUUCGCGCCGGCAUUGCAGAGGCGACCUUGCCCGGGGAGGAACUUGUCGUGGACGGGGUGCGCGAAUGGGCUGGCGCGAUCGCUCGCGCGCUCGAGUCGGGCAUGCCUGAGCCGCGCGCGGCGUCGAAGCUGGCCUGGGCGCUAUCCUGGGCUAGCCAGUCUCUGUUCGAGCGGUUGGGCAGCGCGGUGUCCAUGUCGACAUUCGGGCAUCUCUUGUCGAACGCGGCGCUUGCAAUUUGUUUGGACAACCGCGGGGCGGAGCAGGCGGUGGCGCGAGGUGCGGUCGAGGCCGUUGUCGACUAUGCUGUUUCGUAUGCAAACCAGUUGGCCGCGCCCAGUGAAGGGCCUCGGCGCGCCCUCGACGGCGCCGCGGCAAUGGGCGCGCCUGAGUGCCGGCGCUUCGCCGCGAGGGACCUCCAGAUCGCCAGUGCGCUGUUCCGCGUGAGCGGCGCGUUCGCAAAUUAUUGCGGGCACUGGGCGCACGGCAUCCGAGCUGUUGUCGGCGUCGACGGUGCGAUCUCGCAGACGUGCUCGCCGCGAGGCGUGGGCCGCCCGCGGCCCGCUGGCGGAGCGAUGCGCGGGGUCGGCUACGGCUCUCCUGCGUCGCCGUGGUCCUCGGCGUACCUCGACUCGCCCAUGAGCCGCGGCAGCGACAGGGCCGACAUGCCCGUGAAUUCGCGGGUGCGCGUGAAGUUGGGCCUGGACUUCCAGCACUUCAGGGAGGGCGAUUGCGGCACCGUCACGAGCGUGAAGGCGGACUCGAUUCGGGAGGUGCUGUUCGAUGACCAGGCUGUCCCCUUGCCAGUGGCGCGCCGCCACCUGGAGCUCCUGGAAGGCCGUAGCCCGGUGGCCUCGGGGCGCGUCUCGCCGAAGCCGAGGCCCCCCCAGCCGGCGCCGGGCGCGGCGAUGCCCCUCCCCGGCCGGCCCCGCUCGCCCCUGCAGCCCCGGUCGCCGCUGGGCGGCGCGCCCUCCCCGGCCUCAGGCGCCGGCGCCUACGGCGCAGACAGCCCCGUCGGCCGUUGGCCCCUCAGCCCGGAGCGACAGCCCACCAGCGGCUUCGGGACCUACGCCGCAGACAGCCCCCUCCGCCACCGGCCGCUCAGCCCGGGGCCCACAGGCGGCCCCGGAGCCCGCGCCGCAGACAGCCCCGCCCGCCUCCGGCCGCUCAGCCCGGCCGGCACCCACGGCGCAGAGACGCCAGUCCGCCAGCGGCCGUUCAGCCCGGACUCCCACACGAGGUACCCCAUCGACGUCACGACGAACUCCGUGCUCCGUGGCGAGUCCGGCAGGUCACCGUCUCCGAGCCACUUGAGCGGGUCUCUAGGGCGACGAGCCGUGAGCAGCACCACGUCCCCCACCAUGGCCUCGUCGGAGGCCGCCUCGCUGCUGGCCUCGCUGCGCGAGGAGCGGCGGGCGCGGGAGGCGCUGGAGCUCCAGGUGAAGAAGUUGGUCGAGAACAACGGCCACUACAACCAGAUCUUGGCCUCCAAGGAGGCCGAUGCGCUCAAGGAGAACGACACCCUGCGCCGCUCCGUCGAGGAGCUGCGGAGACAGCUGGCCCAGGAGCGGGAGGAGAGGCGGCUGCUCCGCGACGACAAGCAGGACGUGGGAGGGCCGGGGACGCAGGCCUUGUCGCCGCGGCUCGGCGGCGCCAGCUACGGCUACGGCGGCAAGCCGUGCGUCGGCACGCCCUUGGGGGGAUCGUUCGGCACGCAGGGCCUGCGCAGCGCGGAGCAGGCGGUCUACGUGGCAGACAACAGCUGCCUCCACGCCAAGACCCCGGGUAUCCACUACCGGCUCAGCACCACCCUCAACAGCCUUGAUGACCCAGGGAAUCUCUUGAGGUGGGGCAGCAAAGUGAGUGGGAUCGAGUGCAUGGGCGGCGAGUGGCUGAAGGUCGAGGGCCACGGCUACUUGCCCAUGAGGUUGGACGGCGUACAGGUGCUGAAGCGGAAGGCGAGGACAGGCGACAAGGGGCUCUUCGUGGCUGCCUUCCUGCUUCGAGGGUGUCUGCGGGACGGCAUCGGGCCCGUCGCGGAGCCCGAGUGCACAGACGGCUGGCGCCAUCGUGGGCCAGGCGAGCCAGCUGGGCCUGCCGAAUCAGAAGGCUGUCAUCUGCAUCGUGGGCGCGACGGGCCUGCGCCCCGUCGGCCCAGGGUCCGAGUUCUUCUGCAAGUGCAGGAUCAGAGAUCAGAAGGUCGACGCCGCCGUGACGGCCCGGAGGCGAGAGCAGAGCCCGGUGUGGGAGUCCGGCCACGAGCUGGGCUUCGGCGAGAUCGCGGGGCGCAAGCUCGACUUCGAGCUGUACAGCUCGCAGACCGGCGAAGGGCGCGAGAGCGUCAGCUACCUCGGGAAGGCCACGAUGUCGGUGGACACUCAGUGGCUCGGUGUUUCGGAGACCUUCGAGGUCGACCUGCCGCUCAGCCGCUUCUGCUGCGGCGCAGGCUCCCUGAAGGUGAGGCUGUUCGGAGUGAAGCCAGUGCGCGUCAAGGCGCACCAGCAGACGGUGAAGGCGGCCACGUUCGAGGAGUUGGAUGCCAACGGCGAUGGGAAGAUCAGCCGGCAGGAGUUUCUCAACGCGUACCGGGAGGGGAGGGUCAAGUUCUCGAAGGACGGGAGCCUCGUCUCGCCCUGCGGCUCACCGCGGCCCCCCGGGCAGGCGAGCUCCGCCGAGCCCCGCGCCAGACCGGGCAGUGCCAGGGGGGUCCACCACCAGUUCCAUGCUCGUUCUGGGGACACCUCUGGGCAGCGGGGGGGACAGGGGCUGCAGGGUCAGGAGCCACGUGGCAGCAGGUGCCAAAGGCAGCAGGGCGGCAGCCCAACAGGAGGCAGUUUGAUGGCAGGGCAGUCCCCUGGGGGCCUGCGGCUAGUGAGGCCUCUCGCAGCGCCAACGUAUCCGGUGUAUCUUAUCUCGCAGGCGGCGGCGGCUGCAACGCUGCCUCCGCGUCGCGUGCCAUGCCAUCCUUCACAGGAGUUCGCUGGGCUGUGGCCACUGGCCAAGUGGCCAACAAACAGUUCGCCACCCGCGUGUUCUGGGGCUCCGGCUUAAAGCCAGCUCCCUCAACGUCACGUGCGUUUGCACGAUUUGUUUAG